CAGGAAUCCUCGCCACCGGAAACAUGUAACAUUUACAGAGUGUAAAGCGGAAGUCAUAAAGGGUGGUGGAGCUCCGUCUGGAAAGCAACGUCUUGUUUUACGAUUUGAAAGUAACGGGUGAAAGAUGCGGCGUUCUAAGCGGAUGCGGUCGCCGGACGGCUGGAUCGCGGAGUACAGCUGGGAGGAGAGAGAGGAGGUGCAGCACAAGAGACCGAAGCGCAGCUCGCGCAGCGGCGAAAGAGAGCGGCAGCUCGGCCGAACUCAUCGCUAUAAGACAUACGAGGGCUCAAAGAGGCUGGAGUGGCGAGAGCGCAGGGCCAGGGAAGCCAGUCUGGAACAUGGAGGUUAUAAGGGUCGGGUGGACCCGGUCUUGGAGACGGAGAGGGAGAACCAGUGCAGCCAGUCGUCUGCUCAUAGAGGACGUAGUCGACGCAGCAGCAGAGAGCGCCAACGAUCACGCCACUGCAGUCCCUGCUCAGACUCGAGAAGUCAUCGCAGGAAAAGAACCAAGAGUAUUGAGGAUGAUGAGGAGGGUCACCUGGUCUAUCACAAUGGAGACAUGCUAAGAGCAAGAUAUGAGAUUGUUGGGACUCUGGGCGAAGGAGCUUUUGGGAAAGUGGUGGAGUGCCUCAACCAUUCAAAAAGUAAUGAAAAAAUGGCGCUGAAGAUCAUCAAAAAUAUUGAGCGCUACCGUGAGGCAGCCAUGUCAGAAGUUGAUGUGCUUGAGCGGAUAAACUCGCUUGAUGAAGAAAAGAGAUUUGCUUGUGUCCGGAUGCUAGACUGGUUUGAUCACCACGGCCACAUCUGCAUAGUGUUUGAGCUGCUGGGACUGAGCACAUAUGACUUUCUGAAGGAGAAUGGAUUUAUGCCCUUCUCACUGACCCAGAUCAGGUGCAUGGCAGACCAGAUAUUUAGAGCUGUGCACUUUCUGCAUCGAAAUAAGUUGACGCACACCGACCUUAAGCCUGAAAACAUUCUAUUUGUGGACUCAAACUACAACAUUAAAUACAACUCCAAGAUGAAGCGAGAUGAGAGGACCUUGAAGAGGUUGGAUGUGAAAGUUGUGGACUUUGGCAAUGCCACCUAUGACCACGAGCAUCACACCUCUUUGGUGUCAACCCGCCACUACAGAGCUCCAGAAGUUAUAUUAGAACUGGGCUGGAACCAGGCAUGUGACGUGUGGAGUUUGGGCUGUAUCCUGAUUGAGUUCUAUCUGGGGUUAACGUUAUUUCAGACUCACGACAGUAAAGAGCAUCUGGCAAUGAUGGAGAGGGUUCUAGGCCCCAUACCUGCACACCUACUCCAGAAAACCAGGAAACGCCGUUAUGUGCAUCAUGACAAAUUGGACUGGGAUGAGCACAGCUCAGCAGGGAGAUACGUGAGGAAACACUGUAAACCUCUAAAGCAAUACAUGUCCUGUAAAACCCCGGAGCAUGAGCUGCUUUUUGACCUGCUGCAGAAGAUGAUGGAGUAUGAUUCAUCCAAACGAAUCACCCUGGAGCAGGCCAUCGGACAUCCCUUUUUCAACCUAUUAAGAAAAGAAAGAAAGUGACUUGGAGGCGACACAAAAUUAACAAUACUGCUCCCAGGGAGACUGCUGCUGCCUGUAUCAGUCUGCUUUAAGACUGCGUGCUUCAUUACCUCUGUCCAUAUUUAUUGUCAAUUUGAUUAUAUGGGCCAAAUUCCUCUGUACUUUUGGCAAAUUAAACUUGAAUGCUCUGAAUGCACAACAUUUGUGUCUUUAUUUU